UGUGGAUCACCUAGCACUACGGAAUAGUAGCGCAGCCUUCGUCUAGGCGCAUAGUUACAAUCGAUGUGACUUCAACACGGCGUACAAGCGAUCCUUUUAUGAUAUAUACUUCAUAUUGCGCCGGAUAACCACGUCCAAUGGCGGAUAACGACCGCCCGCAGGAUGAACAAACCGUGACCAUCCUGCUCCUCGGAGACCCAGGGUGUGGGAAAUCGACGUUUCUCUCGAGCCUGAAAACCAACCUUCGUAGGCCCCAAGGACAAAGAUUUAGUCCUUCAAAUUUCCAAGAAGGUCUUCUACGGGACAGUGACCAGCCGUUCCUCUACGAUAUUCGCUUCUCAAAGAAGUCGUUCACCAUCGAGGCGUACGACACAGCAAGUCCUAAUCAACAUUGGUCUACCUUGCAGCCGGAUGUCGUUCUUCUAGCGUUUGAUGUCUCGAAUAGAGAAACGCUAGACGGUCUUCGAGCAUGGCGAAAUGACAUAACUAGAUAUUUCCAAUACGGACAGGGAGAGCGCAUUCCCAUUAUGAUGAUUGGGUUGAAGAGAGACCUUAGGGUGGAAUGCGAGGGCAUUAUUUAUCCUCAAGAAUCGUACCGGAUUGCACAGGAGCUCCGUUGUGAUCGAUAUGCGGAGUGCUCUGCUGUCACUGGGGAACUGCUUGCGGAGACGUUCGAAGAUAUUGCCCGGCUCGCAGGAAUGACGACCACUGCUGCUGGAGGCCAGACAGCUGGAGCUUGUGUCAUUCUUUGAUGCUUUGGAUACCUUAUUUGAUGUCGUGACUGGGUUGAUCAGGUUCAUUGGUCUAAACUCUGCGUCCCGGAUAUUGCCCCAUGGGGUCGUUCCACAUAUAAACCGGCAAUUGUAGUGUUCAAGUUUCAAUAGGAUAUAGAUAGUGCGG